AUGGGAAAGAUAUUAUCGAAAAAACAGAAAAAAAGACGAAGGCAACAAAAAGCAGAAGCUGAGAGAGAAGAGGAUGAUAAUGAAUCUGUUAAAGAAAAUAAUUCUGCAUCAACUAGUCAAACUACGGACCAAACAGAUGAUAGAUUAGCACCUGAUCUAGCAACAAAUAGUCAAAACAGCUCUCAGAAUAAUGAAGGUUUAAGUAAAGAGAUUAAAGAGACAAUAAAUAAAAAUGUAAACCCAUUACAAGUACCAGUAGAAGAAAAUGGCGCUACCAUAAUAUUACCUGAUCAACCUGAAAAUCAUAAGGUUUCAGAAUCAACAACAGAAUAUUGUAAUGUGUGUAAACAAAGUUUUCCAACAAGAAAUAAACUAUUUCAGCAUAUUAAAGCCACUGGUCAUGCUUUACGAGUAGAUGCUCCUAAAAACAAAACCCCUGUUGUAGAGGAUAAUAAGAAAUCGAAAAGUAAAACAAAGAAGAAAGCAAAAAGAUAA